CUUCUUGGCAUGUUUGGUCUUGGGCUCCUCAAGAGCAUGUUGUGAACCUGAGGAAAACUGUGGUCCUUGGGUGAGUAAGUCACAACUCUUCUCACCACACAGUGACUGUGGUGCAGUCUGUUGGUUCUUCAGUGACACCCAGCUCACCGAGGUCUCAGCUAUUUCUUUGACCACAGCUGGGGUUGAAUCAGCAGUGUCUGUUGGGCUGGGAGUUGGCGAACAUAGCUGGAGGUUGGGAACCCCAACCAGCAUGCACUUCCGAGGCCCGGAGAAGAGCCCACGGAUACUUGGUUUGUCUCAAGAAUCAAAGACCACGGGCUUUGAUGCCAUGGAUAAAUCUGCAGUGUCUCGCCUGACAGAAACCAACGAAAACUUAAAAAAUGAGAUAUGGGACCUCAGGGAAAUGGCUGCCAACCUCGACCUUGAAAAACAAGAAAUUAUUAUUAAGAACAAGAGUAUAAAAGAGCAGAACAAGAGCCUGGAAGCCAAGAUCGAGUGUUUCAAGGCCAUGGCGGAAGACUUGCACAAUGAAGAGGAGGACCUCCAGGUGUCACUUCUGCAGCUGGAAGAAACCCUUGGACAACUGGAAUCACAAAACAAUAUCUUGAAAGGAACCAAUCAGAUGCUCAACACAGAAAUCCAGAGGGUGUCCAGCCACGUCAUUUGCUUCGAAGAUUACAAGGCCACGCAAGAGCAGGAUAUCUCCCACAUGAAGCAGGUUAUGGAACACAUUGUGAGUUAUUUCAAGGAACUGGAGGGCAAAAUCGAAACAGCUCAGCAGCGGUAUAUUGAGGAGAAAAACCAAGUUGCUGAGCUGGAGCGCACUUUGGAGGAACUGGAGCAAAUCCGGGAGGUCCAGGAAAAUGAGAUUGCUUGCCUGAGAGACCAGCUGGAAGAGGCUUCCUUGUUGAGGUCGGAAAUGGACGAGAAUGUGAAGACUCCCUCUUUGCUGCACGAAAUGGUGCAGGCCAAGCUGGUGCAGGAUUCAUUGGCCGUGCAGAGCAGUGUUCUCCUCUUCCUGUCCAAGUUCAUGUGGCUCUUGCUGGCAGCGGCCCUCUGCCUGGUAUUCCUGAGUGGGUCUGUCAAACUGUACAUCUUCAUGUUCGACGAGGACUUGGAAACCGGAAGCAGAUUACUACUGUUUCCAGACCACCAGUUCAAGCUGUUGUUGGAUGUCUUCUCUCCACUUAACUCGAGGAAACCAAAUGGACUGCUGCCAUUUUGAGAUGGGGGCCAUGACGGGACAAACAAAUGGGUGGGGCUAGCCUAAAUUUGAGUAUUCUCGCAUUGUGCAAGUUGAAAAUUAAAAGGAAUCUUGCACUUUUUAAAAAAUGCACCUAAAUGA